AUGCCCCUCCAUGCCUAUCGUGGCAUUAGACUCGAUGAGACCGCCCUGCCGCCAAAACGCGAGUUUUACAGUAUAUUGACCGAGAAGCAUGUAAGUGAUGAGGACUACGUGCACGCGACGGAGGUGUGGGAACAUUUCAACUGCGCGAUCCUCGGUGACUACAGUGACUUGUACCUGAAGGUGGAUGUUCUCCUUCUGACCGACGUGAUGGAGAACUUCCGUGACCUCUGCAUGUCGACGUACAACCUCGAUCCCGUGUAUUAUUAUACGGCGCCGGGGUUCACGUUCGACGCCAUGUUGAGGUAUACGGGCGUCUCACUGGAGUUACUCACCGAUUACGAUAUGGUACUUUUCGUGGAACAGGGGAUCAGAGGGGGGUUGGUCCAGGCCAGUGAAAGGUACUGUCAAGCCAACAAUCCUAAAACGCCCGGGUAUGAUUCUGAGAAGCCAUCGUCGUGGCUCGUCUACCAAGAUUGCAACAACUUGUACGGGUACGCCAUGGAAGAGUACAUGCCCUACGGGGGGUUCAAGUGGUACGAUGGGGAUUUGAAUCGCUCUCUAGAGCUGUUGAACGGUAUGACUGACAAAUCCGACGUUGGACGUAUCUACGAGGUCGAUAUCGCUUAUCCCGAUAACCUGCAUAACGCGCACAACGAUCUCCCCUUCCUACCACGGAAUGCCGUACCACCGGGCUCAAAAGUAAACAAGUUAAUGGCUACGUUGGAGCGGAAAGAGCGGUAUAUAGUUCACUAUAGAAAUUUAAAGCAAGCCAUUGCUAAUGGACUGGUAGUGGAAAAAGUUCACAGGGUGUUGGAAUUCCGACAGUCGGCGUGGCUUGCUGAAUACAUAAAUUUAAAUACGAGUAUGAGGAAGAAGGCUGGCAACGCGUUUGAACGUGAUUUCUUCAAACUACUCAAUAACGCGGUGUUUAGAACCAGAAUUGAGGCGCUAACUGGCGGUAUCGGCAGAAAGGGUUUAUACCUCGCACCAUACAAGGGAGGUUCUUAUAAAAUCGUAAAAGGAAAAGGCUUAUACCUCUCACCUUACAAAGGUGGUUCGGUGAAUCGGAAAUCUAGAAAACCGACAAAAAACUAA